AUGGCAGUGCUAGACAGUACGGGACCGUAUCGAACGACAGAGGAACAGUCUGGUCGCUUCCGACAUGACCACCGGCGUCGCCUGUGGCAGACCCCGUCCGUCCGGGUCCAACGGGUCACAAAACACGUCCGUACCGGUCAUGACCGGCCUGUCAGCUCAGCCCUCCAGCCUGUGUUUCUUACCGCUGGUACCGCGGUGACGACGUCUGACUUCCCCCCGUAA